CACAAACAGAGCUGGCAGCAUCCAAAAGCAGAGAUCGAUGCUCGGCAACCUCUUCCGCCAGAAGACGGGCGUCGUACUAAGGAGGAGGGCCGGCGACUGGCACAUGUACGUGAUCGGCGCGUUCGCCGGUGUGGUAGGUGGAUUCUACAUCUGGCUCGAGCCCCUGCGCCAGCUCCAGCUCGAGGGCAUCCGCAAAGCGAAGGAAGAGGAGAAGAAAUGAGCCGUCUCCAUCUAGUGAGCUGGAACGUCGCCGGCUGGCGCACGGCUUUGGACGAGAUCACGCGCACGACGCGACGGGGCCCCGCGGCCACGACCAAAAAGGUCGAAGAAAAACAAGCCUGCGUCGCGACGUGGUUGGAGCGGCUAGAUGCCGACGUCGUCUGCUUGCAAGAAACCAAACUCACCUCGAAGCAAGUCGAGCAGGACGCCAGAGCUUUAUGCGCGUCGGCCGACGGCGACGCGUGGCAGUCGUUCUGGGCGUGCAACGACGGCAAGGAGGGGCAGCGGGCCGGUUUAAAUGGUGUCGCUACCUUUGUUAGAAAUAAGGCGUUUGGCGUCGUGCGGGCUUCAUCUAGACCUCUAGGCGAGAAGGAGCUCGACGACGAGGGCCGCUGCGUCUUGACGGACCACGGCACUUUUGUAUUAUUCAACGCCUACGUGCCCAACGGUUCUGGUGGCAAACGCCUCGCGUACAAGUUGAGGUGGCUCACGGCCUUGAGGCGCUCGAUGACCGCCGAGCGCCAGAAGGGCAAGCACGUGCUACUUGCGGGCGAUUUGAAUUGCGCCGUCGCGCCGAAGGACCGGUGCUUCCUCCACCGUGGUUUGGAUGCGUCUCAAUUACAAAAGGCCGCUCAACUAGUGACCGACGCCAAGGCGAAAAGUAUGAUAGCGCAAGCCGCCGAGGCGUGGCCCGCCGUGCGGGACGCAUUGAGAAAUCGAACGGUCGUCGCGUGCUCGACGGCGAACAGUAGGACGGGCGAGACCUUCAGCAAGUUUAGGUGUAGAGCCAUCCACACCAAAACGGGCGACGCGGUCCAGCUGUCGCCCGCCGAGACUUCAGAGAGUUACGCGUCGUCGUCGUAUGAAGUCGACGGCGUCGGCGUCGAAAGUGAUGGCGAAGUGGUCCUGGGCUCGACGCGGGGCCGCUUUCUCGUGAGGGGGCCCAAUCAAUUGACGGGGGCGUGCCUCCGCGAGGCCCUUACCAAAUUAAGCGGCGUCGCCCUAUCAAAUGAUCAUCUGAAGCUCGCCGCGGCGUCGGGCGCGCUGGACCCGCCGCAGGACGCGCCGACGGCGUUCGGGGCGGCUCCAGUUAGUUCGGAGGCGUGGUUGCGGGGUUUGUUGCGAGACGGCUUUGUCGAUUCUUUAGAUGCGCUGCAUCCGCAACGCACGGAUCGCUUCACGUGCUGGAACCAGUAUACCAAUAGAAGGUACGACAACGAGGGCUCGCGCAUCGACUACGUCAUUGUCGACGAGGCCUUGUGGCGUUCAUCGAGCCCCGUCGCCGGGACGCUGGAUGGUGGACGUAGGAAUGGCAACGCGCUCGACGCGUGCACGCUCGACGGCCGCUGGCAGCCCGCGGGCUUCGACGGCAGUGGAAUUAGAGACGGCCGCGCCGAGGACUACACCUAUCAUACGUCGCGGCCGCCGCACACGGGCAUCAUAUACACGCCGCCGACGUGGUCCGACCACGUCGCCGUGUCGCUGCUGCUCACGCGCGUGCCCGUUUCCACGGAGAAGGCGCCGAAGAAGGCGGCGGGCGACGCGCAGCCUCACGCGCGGGUCGCGCGCAUCACGUCCUUCUUCGCGGCCCGCGCGCCCGGGGCCGCGCCGCCGCGCCGCCCGACGCCGCCGCCGGCGCCGCCCGCGAAGAAGCCCAAGAAGACGAUCCAGGAGUUCUUCGGCGCCAAGAAAUAA